AUGCCGUAUUGCGACGUCGGAACGCUUCUUUCCUCCCCAACCACCUCCUCGUCCGCCGUCGCACCCGACGAUGCUCAACUCAACAAUGACGUUAGAAUAUUUUACAGAACUUACGGUCGCGGUCCCACCAAAGUCCUUCUCAUCAUAGGAUUGGCUUCUUCAUACGAAGGGUGGGGCCCACAAAUCAAGGGAUUAACUGGAACAGACGUACCUAACGACGAAGACGACGCGGCUUGGAGUGGAGGUGACAAUGAGGCCGGUGGAGGUAUCGAGGUCUGCGCUUUUGAUAAUCGGGGCGUCGGUCGGAGCUCCGUGCCUAUCAGAAAAUCCGAUUACUCAACAAAGAUCAUGGCAAAGGAUGCUAUUACUUUGUUGGAUCAUUUAGGUUGGAAAAAGGCACAUGUUUUUGGUCAUUCUAUGGGUCAGUAUUUUCUGUUUUUCAUUUAG